CUUCAAAGCGGCAGCGGGUUACCUUGCGGAGAAGGCGCCGGGCUGCGACGUGAGCUGCGUAGCGCUGCGCCAGUGGCGUCGUUGGCCCCGCCUCCCCCUCACACACACCGGACACCGUUUCUUUAUCUCUCUGGGCCGCUGAGGGGAACCAGCCGAGAGGUGUUGAGGCCUAUUUUAACAUUUCAUGCCUUUGGAGUAGCAUUACCAAGUCUGGAUUCCAUGUCUUUCCUUGUAAGUAAACCCGAACGAAUUAGGCGGUGGAUGUCCGAGAAGUUCAUUUUUGAGGGCUUGAGGGAGUUGGAACUGUUUGGAGAGCAGCCUCCGGGUGACUCUCGGAGAAAAACCAAUGAAGCAAGCUCAGAAUCUAUAGCAUCCUCCCCGAAAAGGGACACCAUGAACUGUUAUUUGCCCGACAGCAAUUGUUAUGAGUUACUGACCAUAAUAGGCAAGGGCUUUGAGGAGCUAAUGAUAGUGAAUCUUGCACGGUAUAAACCAACAGGAGAGUUUGUCACUGUCCGGAGGAUCAACUUAGAGGCCUGCACCAAUGAGAUGGUGGCAUUUUUGCAGGGUGAGCUUCAUGUCUCAAAGUUCUUCAGCCACCCAAAUCUUGUGCCAUAUAAAGCAGCCUUCAUAGCCGACAAUGAACUGUGGGUUGUUACAUCUUUCAUGGCCUAUGGUUCUGCUAAAGAUUUAAUCUGUACACAUUUUAUGGAUGGGAUGAGUGAGCUAGCUAUGGCUUAUAUCCUCCAAGGUGUUUUGAAGGCCCUUGAUUACAUUCACCAUAUGGGAUAUGUUCACAGGAGCGUGAAGGCCAGUCAUGUCCUGAUUUCUGCAGAUGGGAAGGUGUACCUCUCUGGCCUGCGCAGUAACCUAAGCAUGAUCAGUCAUGGACAGCGUCUCAAAGUAGUUCAUGAUUUCCCCAAGUAUAGCAUCAAGGUUCUGCCAUGGCUAAGCCCAGAGGUCUUGCAGCAGAAUCUCCAAGGCUAUGACGCAAAAUCUGACAUCUACAGUGUCGGAAUAACAGCCUGUGAGCUGGCAAAUGGCCAUGUCCCUUUCAAGGAUAUGCCUGCAACUCAGAUGCUUUUGGAGAAGCUAAAUGGCACUGUCCCUUGCCUGCUGGACACAACGACUAUUCCUCCGGAGGAGCUGACCAUGAAGCCAUCGCGCUCAGGGGUUAGCACUGGGCUGGAGGAAGGCAUGGCAGCCAGCAGUGCCAGGGCUUCUAAUGGCGAGGCAGCACCACAUCCAUACCACCGUACCUUCUCACCCUCCUUCCACCACUUUGUGGAGCAAUGCCUACAAAGGAACCCGGACCUGAGGCCAAGCGCAAGUACACUGCUCAACCAUUCCUUUUUCAAACAGAUCAAACGCCGUGCCUCUGAAGCGCUUCCUGAACUGCUGUAUCCUGUCACACCUAUCACCAGCUUUGAAGGCAUGCAGGCACAAGAUCCUAGUCUUAUUUUUGGACUGGUUUCCCAUCUGGAGCAGCUUGAGAUGGAUGACUGGGAGUUCUAGACCUCCAACAGAAGGAAGCAUAUAAAGUGUAGAAGUUCUUGAGAGAAAGCAAGCUUUCUUCAGGCAUGGUUGACUUAUGUAACACCACCUCCCUUUCACACCGAGUCGUGACGUUAUACUGCAGUUUACGUCUUCCAUAGGAAGGUGGUCUAGAUGACACACUGGAGCAAGACCCAGGGAGUAUAGACUUGUGGGAGUGCAGUGAGUGCAGUAAGGAUGUGGUGCUAGUGACUUCUAGCUCAGCUUUUGGUAUGUUUGCAUUCAAAAUGAUGGCCCAUUGAACCAGUUUCCCCCUGCCAUAUCUGUGCUGUUGCAAGAGCUCCAGGUUUAGGGAGGAUGUUUGGGUGCUCUUUGCUGUAGCUUCCUAGUCAAGGGUUGCCUUUGAGAGAGCUGGGAAUCAGCUUGGAUGGUCAUAUAUUACUUGCAAAGCAUUCUUACCCAAUGGAAAACUCAACAGCUUUGCAAGACAAAAGUGAAGGUAGCAUUUGCAACAGCUGCAUCCCAUGCUGAAUGUAUCCCCCCCCCUUUUUCCUCCUUCCCACUGGAUAAUCAAAGGAUGAUGGGAAUGGUAGACUUAACCCUAUGGUGCUAAAAGUUUCCAACAGCAAACCAGAAAGGCAGGACUCAAUCACUUUCUAGCAAAGCCAGCAUUUUCCCCUAGUGUAAGUAUUGCUGUAAUGGCUCACCUCCAUCUGUGGAUCUGAGUGCUGUGCACUCCUGUUUUUUUAAAAAGAAACACUUAAAAUGUACUCUGCUGGAAGAGAUGGGUAAGGAGUUUAAGAGAUGCUGGUCCUAGCUGUCUCUCCAACACAGGUUGAACGUAUUUAAAAAACUCCUCUGCCAAAAUUCUACCCUCUUUUUCUUAGGGGCAUGAGUGUUCAUUGUUCACUGUAGCUUUUCAUUCUAAAAAUGCUUUGCCGCUCCAGUUUUAGUUGUCACCUAGGACAAGUGCUGGUUGAUGACAAAACUUGCAGAACCUUGAACACUUUCCCCCUGUAUUCCUGUCUACUACACACUUUGCUGUUCUGAAGUUUCCCCAAAUGGUGUAGUGAAGCCUUUUCUUCCUAUUUCUCUCCCACCCCCAGGGGAGCUGUUUUCUUCUUAAUCAUUUUCACUCAAUCAAGCACUGAGCCAAUGCUGCAUCUGUCUGGUUGGAGCCGAUGCAGGACUUUUAUGUAUGCCUGUGUGUCUUACACUGUACUUGAACCCCAGUCCAUGUUUGCUCUUCUAGUUUUGUUGCCAAUUAAAAUUUUAUGCACUCUUAAA